CUGCGCUUUAAACGGCGGCGGAGGCGCGGGCACCGCGCUGAGCCCCGGCUGCCGCCGAGGCACACCGCAAGGCUCGAAGGUUCCUGAGCGGGCAGAGAGUUUGGGCGGCGGGAUGGACUCCCAGGAAUCCUGAAGACUUGCGGGGACAGGGACACCUUCCACUAUCCCUGGCUGCUGCAAACUGGGCUUGGACACUUGCAGGAAUGGAGCAGCCACAUUUUCUCUGGGAAACCUGUUCCAGUGCCUCAGCAUCCUCACCCUGAACCAAAUUCCCUGCUGCCUGGUCGCUGCUGUUUGUUGGGCUGCACAACCACUGCACAUCAAAGCCUACAAAGCCACAUCCAGCAUCAUCCCUUGGUCCCUCUGCACCAGUAGCAGAGAUUAUGGAGUAGCAGGACAUGGAUUCUCCCAGGAAUAAAUGAGUUUUUCUCUGCCAGACCCCAGCCUGUGAGCAGGAGGGGCAGCCUGCAGUGGAUCCCUCACCAGAAGAGGAAGAGACGGUUCCUUCGCCGUUGAUAAAAUGGGAAGCAGCAUCUCCCCAGCAGCCCGGCACGGGAAGCUCCAAUCCUUGCCUGGGGGCAUCCCUGGGAGCUCUGCAGCUGGCAGGACACAGCCCUGGGGCACUGAGGGGCCGGGCUGGGGACAGCAUGUCCUUGCAGAGCCGCAGGACCCAGCUGCUGCUGGUCAACUCGCUCACCUUCGGGCUGGAGGUGUGCCUGGCCGCUGGCAUCACCUACGUGCCGCCGCUGCUGCUGGAGGUGGGCGUGGAGGAGAAGUUCAUGACCAUGGUUUUGGGGAUAGGCCCCGUGCUUGGGCUGCUUUUUGUGCCUCUCAUCGGCUCGGCCAGCGACCACUGGCACAGCAGCUACGGCCGCAGGAGACCUUUCAUCUGGGCCCUGUGCCUGGGCGUGCUGCUCAGCCUUUUUGUCAUCCCCCACGCCAGCAGCCUGGCCAGCCUGUGUGCCCUCAACCCCCGGCCCCUGGAGAUCGCCUUCCUCAUCGUGGGCAUCGGCCUGCUGGAUUUCUGCGGCCAGGUGUGCUUCACCCCUCUGGAGGCCCUGCUCUCUGACCUCUUCCAGGAGCCGGACAACUGCCGCCAGGCCUUCUCCAUGUACGCCUUCAUGGUCAGCCUGGGGGGCUGCAUUGGAUACCUGCUGCCCGCCAUCGACUGGGCCUUCCUGGCGCCCUACCUGGGCAGCCAGCAGAGCUGCCUCUUCACCCUGCUGGCCCUCAUCUUCCUCGGCUGUGUGCUGGCCACGCUGUUUGUGACAGAGGAGGCGGCCACGCAGGGGGAUCUCCUGGACGGGCCGGCGCUCAAGGAGGUGUCCCCAAAGCCACCAAAGCCACCGAAGGCGUCCCUGUGGUGCUGCUGCUGCUGCUGGCGGGCGGCGCGAGGGCCGUGCCUGCUGCAGGGCCGGCGGGUGCUGCAGGCGGGGAGGAAGCUGUGCCUGCUGCUGCCGCGGCUGCACGGCCUCUACUGCCGCAUCCCCAGGGUCAUCCGGAGGCUCUUCGUGGCCGAGCUGUGCAGCUGGAUGGCCCUGAUGACCUUCAUGCUGUUCUACACGGAUUUUGUUGGCGAGGGGCUGUACCACGGCGUGCCCAGGGCCAAGCCGGGCACGGAGGCCAGGCGGCACUACGAUGAAGGUGUCCGGAUGGGCAGCCUGGGGCUCUUCCUGCAGUGCAUCACCUCCAUCUUCUUCUCGACAAUCAUGGACAGGCUGGUGAAGCGCUUCGGCACGCGGGCGGUGUACCUGGCCAGCGUGGUGUUCUUCCCCGGGGCAGCCUGUGUCAUGUGCGUGUCCCACAGCGUCACCGUGGUCACCAUCUCCGCCGCCCUGACUGGAUUCACCUUCUCUGCCCUCCAGAUCCUGCCCUACACGCUGGCAUCGCUCUACCACCACGACAAACAGGUUUUUCUCCAUAAAUACAAGAGGAAAGAGGAGGAAGACUCCGCUCUGCUGGACAAGAAAUCCUCCUUCUCCAAGGGGCUGCUCCCCAGCCAGAAGCUGUCUUACCAGAACGGCCACGCUGGGAGCCUCUUCUCCUCCUCUUCCUCGCCGUCCUCCUCCUCCUCCCCCUCGCCAGCCUCCCCCCAGGCCGUGCCCAGCUCUGCUCUGUGCGUCAGCUCCUCGUGCGACGUCUCCCUGCGGAUCGUGGUGGGGCAGCCGGAGCCGGGGGCUCCUGGCCGAGGGAUCUGCCUGGACCUGGCCAUCCUGGACAGCGCCUUCCUGCUGUCCCAGGUGGUGCCCUCGCUCUUCAUGGGCUCCAUCGUGCAGCUCACCCAGUCCGUCACUGCCUACAUGGUGUCAGCUGCUGCCCUCGGCCUCGUCGCCAUCUACUUCGCUACCAAAGUUGUCUUUGACAAGGGUGACAUGGCCAAGCAGCCCGUGUGACAGCGGGGUGGCACAGCCAGCCCUGUGUGCGCGUGUCCCAGGGUGACAGGACACUGUGUGUGCCCACAGGGCCGCUCGUGCGGCACCGGCUGUCCCCAGCUGGUGCUGCCACCCCGGGCGUGGCUCUGGGGUUAAUCUCAGGUGUAAAUAAGAGGCUUUGGGCCGUUGUGCUCAGGGCCUGGAGUGCUUUCCAAAGGUGCCUUUAGCAGAGGGAAGCACGGCACAGCAGCACCAAAGGGUCCUGCAGGGGGGAAAGGGAAUUGGGGUUUCCCUCAGGUGAUAACGGGUCGUGUUCCUGAGCAGGAGCAGCGCAGGCAGGGGAUCAACC